CUUAGCUGUAAGUUAAUUAUUACCACUUACUUCAAAGUUAGCUUUUGUUCAUUACUUGAUAAGUCUUGCUUUAAUAAAAAUAAUUAUUAUUCGUCGGAAAAAACAUAAGUUGCAAGCUCUGCUGUCAAUUCUCUUAGAUUUCUUUCUGCAAUUUCUAAGUUCUCAACGAGAUUUCGAGGGACUUCAAGAUAUUUUCAAAGACUUUUGUGAAAUAAACGAAAGGAGAAACUGUUUCACGAAAGCAAAAAUCCUCUGAAGCAAUCUAUUGUUGACGGGAGACUUAUAACUAACAAACAGUAAUUCUUAAAUUCAAUCAUGGCGAGAUAAUUGUCUCGGAUAUCUUUUGGAUAUCAAGAUCUUUUGAAAUAAAACUCUUCAACUUUCUUUUGAACCUGGUCAAUCUUUCUCUUUGUAAACAGUUAUACCGAUAUAUUUUUUAAUUCCUAUACCCUCUUUCUCUGGCCCUUUUCCCUAUUAUUUCAAGAAUAAAUGCUCAACGAAAGCGACCCGAAGGACCCUUUGCACUUGAAUGAAGUAUUAUCUGAUGAGGAUGCAGACAUAAGUUGGGAAGAAGCAGCGACUUCCUUGUUGACGGAGCUUGAGAAUUCCUCUUUUACUUCUCCAAUUACUCCGAAGAUGUCAAAUUCCAGUUCGCUAGUAUUGCAAGAACAUUCAAAUAAGAAUUCGAAACAAUGCAUUCAGCCGACAUUGGAAGGCAAGGUAGCACGAGAUUUGACCUUCAAACCAAGAUUAGUUAAAGAAUACGAACAAGAAAAUUAUUGGGAAAAGGAUAUGGAAGCUUUGAAUGAUUGGGUUUAUCCUGAAAUGGAUGAAUUUCGUGAAUAUCAAAGAUGCUUCUGCGAAACAGCCUUUUACCAUAAUCUUUUAUUAGCUUUGCCCACAGGUUUAGGGAAAACAUUCAUUUCAGCUGUCGUAAUGCUAAAUUUUUAUCGUUGGUUUCCUACUGGAAAGAUUAUAUUUAUUGCGCCUACAAAACCUCUUUUGCAACAGCAACGAACUGCCGUUGUAGAGAUUACAGGAGUACCGACACAUAAUACAUCUGAAUUAAACGGAAACAUUUCAGCAGAAAACCGCUCUAAAGAAUACCAUGCAAAACGUAUUUUCUUUAUGACUCCGCAGACUCUUAAUAAUGAUUUACGGUCUGGUUUAGUCGACGCGACAAGCAUAGUUUGCUUGGUCAUCGACGAGGCUCACAAGGCUACAGGAAGUCAUCCUUAUGCUCAAGUGAUUCGAGCAGUACUUAAAUAUAAUACUCACUUUCGAGUUCUAGCUUUAACGGCAACACCCGGUUCUACUACAGCUGCUGUACAAAAGGUUAUAGAUUGUCUACAUAUAUCAAAAGUUAUUGUUCGUAACGAGGAAAGUGUCGACAUUCGGCCGUAUGUAUUCCAAAAGAAUAUCCAAGUCGUCAAGGUUGAACUUACUCGUGAUAUGCAAUACCUGAAAGCAGAUUUUGCAGAUAUGUACUUUCCGUAUUUUGACUUUCUUCGAAAAAAGAAAGUAAUUCCCUCUACUUGCGAUCUCAGAAAUUUGAAAGCUUAUGUUCUUCUGCUGGCUUUAAGGAGAUAUUCUUUCAGAGAAAAGGAAAACCAAGAUAAAGAAAAAUUGAAAAUAUUUGGUUAUUUUAAACUUCUUAUUACUUGUGCUCAUGCAAUGUAUCUAUUAGAUUGUCAUGGUAUCAUCCAAUUUUAUCAAAAGCUUUGUGAGAUACAGACAGAAACAGAGGGAAAAAAGUCUGGAGAGCUAUAUCAUUUGUUUACAAGCAAUCCUUUUUUAUUUUAUUUGAGCCAUUUGCAAAAUAGCAUUGCGAGUGGACAAUUUAUUAAUCAUCCGAAAAUUACGCACCUGUCAGGCAUAUUAAGACAUCACUUUCAGCAAGCGGCUCAGCAGUAUAGCAAUUCCAGAGUUAUGAUUUUUACAGAGUAUCGUAAUACUGCUGAGCAAAUAUUGAAAGCUUUUUCAAACGAAAAACCUCUCAUUAGAGUUUCUUUGUUUGUUGGACAAGCAAGUUCUGUGGAGUCUGCGGGAAUGAGUCAAAAGAUUCAAAAAGAAAUUAUAUCUCAGUUCAAGUCAGGUGUUAUUAAUGUUUUAGUUGCUACUUGUAUUGGUGAAGAGGGUUUGGAUAUUGGAGAUACAGAUAUGAUCGUUUGCUACGAUACUUCUAGCUCGCCGAUUCGUAUGAUCCAAAGAAUGGGAAGGACGGGUCGUAAAAAAGAUGGAAAAGUGUUUAUUCUUGUGACGAAAAACUCUGAAGAUUUCAAGUGGGAAAGAGCGAAAACUUCAUAUAAAAGAGUUCAAAAAGUGAUUGAAAAUGGGCAAAAACUAAGGCUAAAAAGUGAUGUUCCUCGUUUAAUUCCUCCAGCUUGCAACCCAACAAUUAAAUUUCAGAACUUAAACACGAUUCAUCAUCAUUCCUUUGCCGAUUUAACUGAAGAUGUUAAACAAAAGGAAUUGGGCGUUGAAUCUUCCGGUCCGCAACCAAGACGCCGAUUACCUUCAAUUGUGGAUGAUGCUUUUGAAGAUUUGAGUAGCAAUCUUAGAGUACCCACGUCUGAAAUUAAAAUGAGAAGAUACUUAGCUGAUUAUCGAAGCACUGUUUAUCAUGCUAACGGAUUCGCUCUAGAUCUAAAUAAUUCAGCCAUAGUCUCUAAAAUCAAGAUUCCCAUUGAGAUUACAAGCAAGUCUUUAAUUGGGUUUCAAAUAUCGGCUCUUCAAACGAAGUUAAGGAGUUGUUCUCAUAGAGACAUAGAACAGUACAAGAAAUAUGAGGAGAAAUGGAAGCGGAAGAAACGAAAACUCUUCUAAAAAUAUUUUCUAUAGUUAAUUGUAUUAAUUUAACAAUAUUAAAACUUUAAAACCA